UUAUUUCCUCAAUCUUCUUCGUUCUCUGGCUUUUCGUUUCAGCAUCGUCGGGGAUCUCUGAUCUCUUCGAAUCACUUGUUCGCUACGAAGAUUUCAUCACACCAUGACUCGAGGAAGCCAAAGAGAGCGUGAUCGUGAAAGGGCUCUAGCUCGAACCGGAGGUAAAGGAAAGACUAAAGAUGAUGGGUUAACUCCAGAGCAACGUCGUGAAAGAGAUGCAAAAGCAUUGCAAGAGAAGGCUGCAAAGAAAGCUGCUCAAGCUGCAGCUGCAGCUAGCUCAGGAGGAGGCAAAGGAAACAAUAAAUGAGAAAUUAUGAUCCAUGUUUCAAAUGUUUGUAACUUCUUUCUUUUGAGCCAUUGUUUCUGUGCUUUUGAAAUGUGAAAGUUUGAUGUUUGUGGUUAAUGUUUUGGCUUCGUUUGGAGUUUUAUAUCACUUAGACUUGGACAUGUACUUUCUAUUGAACAAUGUCCUUAAUCACAAGUAUAUUUGUCCAAAUUCUUGUCCUUAAUUGAGACA